CAUAAAAUAAAUUAAUUAUUUAAUUAACCCAAAAUUUUUGUUUCACUCCAUCUUCAUCUGGUUGCUUCUGGUAGAAAUAUAGUCUUUUUUUUUUUACUUAGUUUCUUGGUUAGUUUGGUUGGCAUGGCAUGACUUCAUGGUGACAUGAUUUGCUUUCAUGGCCAUUAUGAAUUCAAUUAAUUCAUUUCUUCUACUUCGUACAACUACAUUAGUUAUUGUGGUUCUCUAUCUUAUCUCCCAAGCCUCUUGCUCUAACCACCCUCCUCCAACUUCAUCUCCUCUGGGCUUGUUAUUUGAGGAGAAAAUCCGAAUCGGGUCGAUCCCGCCGAGCUGCCAUAACAAGUGCAACCAGUGCCACCCCUGCAUGGCGGUGCAGGUGCCCACCAUGCCAAGUCAGCCAGGUGCCAAGUCAGCUCAAACUGUUCCGGUGGAGGUUUCCGACCCAUCACCUCGCGGUAACAAGUACUCCAAUUACAAGCCGUUGGGUUGGAAAUGCCGCUGCCAAGAUCGCCUUUACAACCCCUAGAAGAACAGAUAAAGCUUCAUCGCAUUAAAUUUUACUGUUGGGUUUGUACUUUGUAACAUGUCAUCGAUCAAUCCUCAUCUUUUCCUGUUUUUUUUUUUUUUUUUUUUAAUCUGUAAUUUUGUGAUUAUUUUAAGCUUUAAAUCUUGUUUAAGAGGACAUGUCAGUGGUGGUGCCAGCAUUCAUUGUAUACUCUGAAAUAUUAUACAAUGUACAGAAAUCGCAACAGACCUUCGAUCCCCCUCAGAAAGAAAAUUCCUUUUUUUUGUUUUUUUAAUUUUAUUAAUGGGGUUUUUUUUUGUGAUGAAUCUCCUUCCCUUAUCUUCUUGGGAUUUUCAUGGCCCAUCACCAUUGUCAGUGUCUCCUCAUAUCUUCUGCAUGCUGUAGCAAUCUGCAUCAAAUUGUCAAAAAUGCCUCAGCAUUUGAACUGCUGACGACUGACGCAGAACAGUUUCUGGUUAAUUUCUUUUUCUUUUUUUUUUAUCAGUUUUUUUGGCUGAUGAUGCUGAUUCCAGACAACAUGUUUAAUU